AUGGGAGGGUACUCCAGGGUUUUUCGAGAUGCAAUAUCUAGAAGAAAUGGAUUGAAAGUCCCAAAAGGUUUUUUCCACUUAUGUGAUGUUGGGUAUACAAAUGGAGAGGGAUUUUUAACUCCAUAUAGAGGUCAGCGUUAUCAUUUGAAUGAAUGGAGGCAAAAUCGCACUCCUUGUUCAAAAGAAGAACUGUUUAAUUACAAACACUCUGGUGCUAGGAAUGUUAUUGAGAGAUGUUUUGGAUUCCUUAAGAUGAGAUGGGCAAUACUUAGAGAGAAGUCUUGGUACCUAGUGAAAAUAAAAUGUAGAAUUAUCUCUGGUUGUGCAUUGUUACACAAUCACAUUAGGAGAGAAAUGACACAUGAUCCACUUGAGGAUGAAAUGGAUGAAGAGUAUAUGGAAUCAGAAGUGAUGGAAAAUGCAAAUACGAUCCAAUACAUUGAGACAUCAUAUGCAUGGACUACUUGGAGAAAUAACUUGGCACAAGAAAUGUGGAAUGAUUGGAUAGCUUCUAGAAAUGAAACUUAA